AUGUCAUCCGUCCCCAGUCCUAAUAAAUCUUCACGACGGACUUAUUCCAAUCUUUCUUGUAUGAGCAAGCGUCCCGAUUCGGAUGCAUUUAUUCCCCCCGGAGAUACAGCACCACUAAAAAUCAUAAAGCGACCCACAAUCGGAGUGGUGGCAACCCAAAACAGUCGACCUUUUCACAAUAAUCACUUGGGUUCUGGUGGAACACUUGACGAUGCCUCCUCCCUUGUAGAUCAAAGCUCUUCCGCCGUCUCGCCAAUUAAACAGGCCUCUUCUAAGUCUUCUCUUGCUGGUUCCAGUGUUUCCCAAUCAGAUUUACUCGGAAUUAACUGUGCGCUCAAUUCUAUCACAAUCACUAUGCGUGAAAGCCUUCAUGUGCGAGCGCUCUUUCGAUAUAACCCUGAUACAGAUCGUGGCCGUGCAGCACGGGCAAGUUUUUUUGUUUUAAUGUCAACUGGGUUAGCCUUUGACCACGGUGACAUACUCUAUGUAGUGAAUGCCAGUGAUCAGGAAUGGUGGCAAGCCCAAUACGCCUACCCCAUCGCUCCACCAUCAUGGUUCUCAUCUGCUGGUUCCGUCCCUGCCCUUAAUAGUCUCAGUAGACUCCCUUCUUCCUCAGCUGAUAACCAACUCUUCAAUCCAAAUACUUCCGCUUCCUCUCGACCGGCAAUUAUUCCCAGCCAGGGGCGCGAGGAAAGACGCUUGCGAAGAUCGGCAAAGCGAGUGAAAUUUGUCGAUAAGACUGUGGAUAAUGGUGGGAAUAGUGGAGAUAUGAGUCCUUGGAGUAUCGGGACGGGGAGUGGAGAAACUCCAAAUAUACCUUAUGCAUUGGAAAGUAGUAAUCGAUUCUUUGGAGGGGAUGGAAGUUUGGCCUCUUUGUCAGCUGUAUCUGGUGUUGGGGGAGGUGGGGUUUUUCCUAGCGCGGAUUCGGUAUCUGCUGGGGGUACACUAGAGCGUCGAAAAAAGACCAAUUCUCUUUCCAUUUUCAAGCGUUUCUCCAGUCGACGAGGUAGAAAGGAUUUGGAGGCUAAUCCUGCGAUGAAAAAGAAAAGUAUCUCUCUUGAGGACAUGCAAAGUGGUGGUAAGACCGUCCAAUUCUCAAUUCUUUAA